CCUUCGGACCAGGAGAUUUGUAGCUGCCGCAGUGGCUUGGUUCAGAAGCGGGCAUUUGCUGCUUGAUGCCCGGACGCGUCCGCAGUGCUGGAUUUUGCAGUUCUGAAGUAAAUGAGAUCUAUAGACCAACACUCUCUCAUCAUAAUAUCCUGACAGGAGGCUUGUCAUCUUAAAAGAUCUUCUCAAAGGACAUCUGACUGGAUCCUUGAGCAACUGAGAGCACCAAUCAGAUCUCUGCAGCUGUGUGGGACGCAAUAUGAAAAUCUGGUCAUGGGUGGGUAUCUGAUGAGAAAUGAGGUUCUCAAAAAACACAAGCACUUCUUGCACUGUGGGAAGCUAUGCAUGGGAAUGCUCAGAUUUGUUAUCUGAAAAGCUAUUGCACACAAACAAGACUCCAUGAAUAAAGCUUCCUUUUCAGUGUGACAAGACACCAAGUGUACAGUAAACAGAGGAAAACAAUAAUCCGUUUUCUCAAGCUGAUGUUCCUAACAGAACUGAACAAUCAUCCAUGUAAUUUCAACGUUACAUCCAAUUACAGUCAAGGCCGGUGGAAUACUGCUAAACAUCAUAAUCUGUGUAAACAACAAAACCUGCGGGAGCGAUGGCUAAAGCACAGAUGUCUAUUUUGCCUGAGUCCAGUGGACAAGGAGGAGGUAUGGUGACCAGUGCCUUACUUUGCUGGGCUAUGGCUCUUGUGUUCCUCUUAUUGACGAGGGUGCCUGUUGUUCAAGGUGACUGCUGGCUGAUUGAAGGGGAAAAGGGUUUUGUGUGGUUGGCAAUCUGUAGCCAGAACCAGCCACCAUAUGAAAAUAUUCCAUCGCAUAUUAACAGCACAAUUGUUGACCUGCGCCUCAAUGAAAACAAGAUUCGAAGCAUCCACUUUUCUUCCUUAAGUCGCUUUGGAAAUCUCACAUACCUGAAUAUGACUAAGAAUGACAUCUCUUAUAUAGAAGAUGGGGCUUUCUCUGCCCAAUUCAAUCUUCAAGUACUGCAGAUUGGCUUUAACAAGCUAAGGAACUUGACCGAGGGGAUGCUGAGAGGAUUGGGACGCUUACAGUACCUCUAUCUUCAGGCUAAUCUGAUCGAGACCGUCUUGGCCAAUGCCUUCUGGGAGUGCCCUGCGAUAGAAAACAUUGACCUCUCCAUGAACAGGAUUCAGCAACUGGAUGGUGCUACAUUUCGAGGUCUAUCGAAGCUUACAACAUGUGAGCUCUAUUUAAACCCAUUCAGUUGCUCAUGUGAGCUGUUGGGAUUCCUGCGCUGGCUUGCUGCGUUCCCAAACCGGACAAGUGAGCGGAUGGUGUGUGACACACCUGCUGGCUUUUCAGGCUACAAUCUCUUGAGUCAGAACCCCAGGAUGCCAAGAUUUCGGAAUGCUUUCCAUGCACUAUCCUCUGUCUGCGAUGAUGACAACGUGACGCCAUAUCUUCAUGGAUCUUCAGAUGGUAGCACUCCCUCAAUGUUGACUGAUUUUAGCCCAUGCGGACUGGAUGAUUGUUCCUCAGGAACAUUUCCAGUGGAGCCCAUAAGCAUCAGCCCCACCUUUCUAGAUCCAGAUGCACGUCCUGUAAUGAAACUAAAAGAAGUUACCCACACAAGUGCAACAAUAACCAUCCAGAUUCCAAAUCCAUUUCGCAAAAUGUACAUCCUUGUCCUGUAUAAUAACAGCUUCUUCACUGAUAUCCAAAACCUGAAAAGCCAGAGAGAAGACAUUGAGUUACAGAACCUUAAAUCUCACACUAACUACACAUACUGUGUGGCAUCCAUUCGUAAUUCACUGAGAUUCAACCACACCUGCCUGACCAUCUCUACAGGACCAAGGACAUUGCAAGAACAUGUGGCAAAUGAAUCAACUACCACACUUUACAUUAUGAUUAUCCUCGGUUGUCUCUUUGGGAUGCUGAUUGUUCUGGGUUUAGUGUUCCAUUGCUUGAGAAAGCGCAAACAAGAUGAGCCAAAGAGCAAGAAGCUGGAAAAGAUGAAAAGAAACUUGAUCGAGAUGAAAUAUGGAACUGAACUGGAACAAGGCACUAUAUCACAGCUGUCACAGAAACAAAUUCUGUCCACUGGGGAAACAGUACAAAGGAUGCCAUACUUGCCAACUGCCAGUGACACAGAUCAGUAUAAGAUGCAAGAGAUCUCUGGGACACCAAAGACUACAAAAGGGAAUUACAUGGAAGUAAGAUCAGAGCAGCCAGAGCGCAGCAUUAGGGAAUGCAGCAUUCCUCCAUCAGAAACCAGCCAGGGAUCUGUUGCAGAGAUAUCCACUAUUGCAAAAGAAGUGGACAAAGUAAACCAGAUCAUCAACAACUGCAUCGAUGCACUCAAAUCCGAUUCAACAUCAUUCCAGGCUGCAAAGUCUGGCGCUGUAUCCACAGCGGAGCCGCAGUUGGUCCUUAUAUCAGAACAUCCACCUGGCAAGUCUGGUUUUCUGUCUCCAGUGUACAAAGAAGGGUACCAUCAUCCUCUACAGAGGCACCACAGUAUGGAUGCCCCACAAAAGCGUGCAAGCACAUCCUCGAGUGGUUCACUGCGCAGUCCACGCUCUUUCCGGUCUGAAGGAGCUUACAGAUCAGAGUCCAAAUAUAUUGAGAAGGCAUCUCCAAUCGAUGAGUCGGGUAUCAUAACAGUCACUCCAGCUGCUGCAAUCCUGAGGGCAGAGGCGGAGCGGAUUCGACAAUACAGCGAACACAGACACUCCUACCCUGGUCCCCACCAUAUAGAGGAGUCGACAGAGGUGUCAGGAAGCCAGAAGUCAUCCAUUCUGGAGCCUUUGACAUGCUCCAAACCACGGGAGCUGUCCUAUUCACAGCUCUCACCACAUUACCACAACCUCAGUGGCUAUUCAAGCCCUGAGUACAGCUGUAGGCCUUCUCUUAACCUGUGGGCACGUUUUAAACUCCACCGCAAACGUCACAGGGAUGAUGAAGAAUACAUUGCAGCAGGUCCUGCAUUAAGGAGGAAAGUACAGUUUGCCAAAGAUGAGGACCUACAUGACAUUUUGGACUACUGGAAAGGAGUCUCUGCUCAGCAGAAAUCAUGAUUGCCGUUUUAUAGCUCAUUCAAUUAAAGAAGACCACACAAAUCUCUGGACCAAACCAGCGAGUAUCAAUGACUAAGUGACAAGUCAGCACCCACUUUUAGAAAAAUAGCCUAGAAGUAUUACUAGCUCUUUUCAAUCAUUCUAUUUGAGAAUGAAAACAAAAUAAAAGGUACUGUAGUUCUUGAGUGUACAUGCCAAGUGGUAAGAAUAGAAAACUUUAACAGUAUUAACCUCAACGCAACAUUUGAUUUUUAUAUAUUGGAAAUAACAAUAAACUACUAUUAUAUUAUCAUUCUCAUCUUCAUGAGCAUCAUUGAUUACUAGUAUUACUGUUAAGAUUGAUUCUUCUUAUUAUUACAUUUAAUAUUUGGUUAUCGCAUGGCCGUGUCCUGUGACAGUAUUGACUGUUGUGUACUUGUAAAAACAUACAACUCAAAAUGUCUGCCGAACACUGUUCUCCCCAACUUUAGAUUUAUAUACAGACUGUGCAACUUUGAAAACGACGUUGUGUUUUGUUUUUCUUUAGUGACUCUUCAGUGGACAACUGAUGAAUUUGCUACAAAAGCACACAUCUACUGGAUUUAAAAACAACUUUUCAGAAAAAAAAGCUUCUCAGUGCUUUAUUCAUUCUUUUUUUUUUUUGUAAAGUUUACAUUUUCAAACAUACAAUGAAUGUUUCAAGUCUUUAAGACUUUCACCUGCAAUGUGAUUACAUACAGACACAGCUGUGCAGGUAGAACUGUUUUUGGCUUUCUUUUGUUGGAUUUCAUUAACAGAUCUUCAAGCAGUGCUACUGAUAAAACUGACACCACAAAUUCAACACAAGUCCUGCAUACUGGAGAAUGAAUGUACUACGUGUUAACUAUUUUUCUCCAGCAUCAGUUUUACUGUAUAUGAAGCUUAGUUCAGCUUAAACCCAGUUUUUGUAUGCAACCAGAAAUAAUUCCUUCUCAGUCAAAGACAUUGCUACAACAUGCCUACUUUAAAUCACUGUGAACCCAAAGACCUUGCUAAAUCAGUCCUGGGGUUUGUUUUUUUUACUAAGAUUCAACAGAGCUAUGUUUUCUAUGGCUUUUAAGCCAGAUCUAAAGUGCUGAUCUAGGCAGUCCUAAUAGCAUAAUCUUUUUCUCACCGCCGUUAAUGCUGAUAGACUAUUUAGAUUCCACUGAUUGGAACAAUGGAAUUUUCCUCUACAUUUUGAGGAAACAAAUUUAAGACCUGAGAAACCACACAUUACAAUACCCUGUUUCAUGGAGUGAAAUAACACAACAUUUAAAUUAUAUCUGAAUCAAAGUGGAUGUCAAACAUCUGACAUAACAAUUGUCAACCAAAUAUUAAAGCCCUAGAGUGCACAAACCAUCAUAUCCACCAUCUCAAAACAUGAGUAGAUUGUUUGAAAUUUGAUAUGGAUUGUGUGCAAUUUAUGAAAGAAAUAUGGAAUUUUUAUUUCGCCUACUGUUUUUUAUUUUAUUUUAUUAUUAUUAUUGUUUUCUUAGAUUUUUUUUAAAAUGGAAAUGCCAUUGUCAAACUGAUUGUUGAACUGAUUUAUUGCUUAUUGUAU